AUGCGUUGCGAGGNGCGAGGCGUCGGACACGGGGGUGCCGGAGGUGCAGCACGUGUGGGUCGAAAUGCCGGUCUGACGAGAGCGGUCAGUCAACCAAUUGUGAUUUCCAAAGGCAGUUCAAGUCCGUUGCACAAUCAGGUCCAUACUGGCCAGGAAAUCUAUGAACCCCGAAUCAUGAUGCUCGAUACACCGGGCAUAUUGGAACCUCGUGCUCGCAGUUUGCCGGAACAGUUGAGUCUUUAAGUGUUAGUUGACUACCUUCUGUUCUAUUGGAAUCACCGGAAUCGGGUGGAAUACGUUUCCGUAUUAGGUCUACCUGGACCUACGGAUAAUGUGCACGAAUUAUUGGCCCGGGUAUGCGCGACAAACAGUUUUUUCCUACCUUCCGAUCGGAACCAACCGUGGAGACAUCCAUCCUGGUCCGCCACAGAAAUCGAAUCGUUAAGUGACUCGAAAUUGCGCACUCUCCCACGUCCAGAUGUGAAACGUGCAGCCGCGCAUGUUUUACGGAUGUUCAACAAAGGAGCCAUGGGGCGGGCCACGUUUUUGCCUUCGGAUGAAGAAGCCGCCAGCAUGGACACUGUACCUCUAGAGCAGUUGAAUCAGGCUGAUAAAGAUCCUCUAAAUAUAGAUUUGGGCGAUCCCCCAGAAGAAUGGUCUAAAUGGUUCGCUUAUAUGGGUCUCAAGACUGUUGAGCUCAUUUCUCGUUACGAGUCGCUACCGGCCGGGAUUGAUUAG